AUGGUGGGAGACCGUGUUCUGGCUGCAAGUUUCCCCAUAAAUGCUUCGAAUGUGGAGGCCCGCACGGGGCAGUUCAGUGCGUCAGCCAGAACCGCGGCAACGGUAAACCAGCCCUUAGUUCUUCCCAAUCAUCCUCCCCAUCAGCCAUGUCUAACCCUCGACCAAAAUCCAUUGUCACCAUACCUAACCCCGCUAGACGCUAAAACAACCUAUCCAAUGCAAAGCCGGCUGCCGACGCCAAUUAAGCCUCAAGUCCUAGCGGAAUAUUUAGAAGGUUACGACCAUGAAUUAACCACAUUUCUGCUGGAUGGUUUCACGGACGGCUUCCGUUUAGAAUAUCAGGGAGUUCGCGCUAGUAGUUUCUGCCCGAACUCGCCGUCGGCUAGUAAGCAUCCAGAGGUCAUCGAUAAGAAAAUUGCAUCUGAGCUACAAGAAGGUAGAAUUCUCGGCCCGUUUGAUUCUCCACCUACGCCCGAUUUUAGGGCAUCCCCCAUUGGUGUUGUCCCUAAGAAAGAACCUGGGGACUUUCGUAUGAUCCACAACCUGUCGUACCCUCGCCAAGGCGAUUCCAUUAAUAAGGGCAUCCCCAAAGAUCUUACUAGUGUUAAAUAUUCUUCCAUCUAUGAUGCAAUUUCCUUCAUCAAACAGCAGGACAAACAGGUUUACCUGGCGAAAUGUGACGUUAAGUCGGCUUUCCGUAUCAUUCCCAUUGCUCCCGAAGAUUACCCCUUGCUUGGCUUCGAGUGGCGGGGAAAAUACUAUAUGGAUCGGGUGUUACCGAUGGGGGCCAGCAUUUCCUGCUCCCAUUUCGAAAGCCUUUCAAGCGAGGAGGAAGCACAGCAAUCUCGGCACGACCUGAGAGAACCUGUGGGAAACGAUAGAAACAUGUCCGAAGAGGAGGAUGAGACGGACCGGAUGGGGCGUCUGGAAGGUUCAGAUGUUUCAUUAGAUGAAGAGGGAGCCACUGAUGUGGACGAAGGGAUGGAAAAUGAUGAAGGUGAUGACAACGAUGAUGAUGACAAUGAUGACGAAGGUUAG